AUGAAUGCGGAGGAGGCCCUUAAGGGUCUUAUAGGGAAGUAUCCCGCCAAGGCACACGCCUUACGUGUGGCUCAAUACAUCCAUACUAAGAUGCCUUACACAAAUGGUUUUCUCUUCCUUGCUGGGGCCCGAAAGGAAUUCUACGAUGAUACAGACCUAGCGAUUCCAUACCGCCAGCAGAGGUCCUUCAUGUACCUGACUGGUGUUACCAUUCCCAACUGCCACCUGAUCUACGACAUUGGGGAGGCUCGUUCGACACUCUUUAUCCCACCCGUCGAUUCCGAGGAGAUCAUCUGGUCUGGAUUGCCACUUUCGAAGGAGGAAAUCCUUGAUAAGUAUGAUGUUGACUCUGUCCUGCCCAACACAGAACUCCAAUCAUCGCUAGACUCCAUAGGAAGCCAAGCAUACCAGCGCAAGGCUGCAAUCUUCACCAUCGGUCACCACCAGAGGCCUGAUGCUACUUUUCCUACGGAAACGGUAGUAGACUCGACCUUACUUAAAGAAACAAUCGACGAGUGCCGAGUGAUCAAAGAUGAUUACGAGAUUGCUUUAAUGUACAAGGCGAACAUCAUCAGUUCUAUUGCACAUCGAGCUGUGAUCAAAUCCAUCAAGGAAUGCAAAACCGAAUCAGAGAUCGACGGCGUGUUUCUGGGGGAAUGCACGAAACAGGGAGCAAAGAUUCAAGCCUACCCGAGCAUUGUUGCAAGCGGGCGCACAGCGGCAACGAUGCACUACGAGAGCAACAAUUAA